AUGCUUCAUCGACUCCAUCCCCUCAAACGAACCUCUAGACUUCUACUACAAAGGCACCCUCCCAAUCUACGGCGCUGCUUCCACUCAGAGACUGUGCUGUCAGAAUUAGAGGAUCGAGGAUUCAUCUCCGCGGUUACUAGGCGUGAACAGCUUAUUGGCACACUUCAAGCUAGUCGUCAGACCGUCUAUUCUGGAAUUGACCCAACAGCGCGUUCGCUGCAUGUCGGCCAUCUAUUACCUAUGAUGUGUCUGGUACAUUUCCAGUUGCAAGGGCAUCACAUCAUUCCGCUCAUAGGUGGAGCUACUGCUCUGAUAGGCGACCCCUCUGGACGCUCGGCAGAGAGGCCACACCUAGAGAGGGCAGCUGUCGAAGAGGAUAUGCAGAAGCUAACAGCCAACGUCCAGACAUUCUUCGAUCGCGCUCUAGCAUAUGCAGCGAAGAAACGUCCAUCUUCCCAAGAGUCGUAUUCCACAGCUAGGGUCAUGAACAAUAUUGAAUGGUUGGGUGAACUCGGGUUAUUGGAGUUCUUACGCUCAACAGGAAUAUAUGCCAGAGUCAAUACCAUGAUAGCGCGAGAUAGUGUUCAGUCCAGGCUCAAAUCACAGCAGGGUAUCUCUUUCGCUGAAUUUUCCUAUCAGCUUCUUCAGGCGUAUGAUUUUUUUUCCCUUAACAAAAGAGCUGGAUGCACUAUCCAAAUCGGGGGAUCAGAUCAAUGGGGAAAUAUUAUUGCAGGCAUCGAGCUGAUAAACCGAACUACAAAUUCUUCGACUUCAGGAACUUCAGAGGGUGAUAGAGGUUUUGGUAUCACCACACCUCUGCUCACCACAGCAACGGGGGAAAAGUUUGGGAAGAGCUCAGGCAACGCUGUGUGGUUGGAUGAAAGUUUCACCAGUGUGUUUGAUUUUUACCAGGCGAGUCACAACUUCUUCAUGCGGACCUUGGAUGACGAUGUUGGUCGGUAUCUGCGUCUGUUCACACUCCUCCCCCUAUCAACUAUUGAUGAUAUCGUCUCAAAGCACCAAAAACACCCCCAACAGCGAAUAGCUCAGAAGAUACUCGCUGACGAAGUGACUGAGCUUGUGCAUACAGUUCAAGGCGUGAAACGUGCCCAAGCCGCAACUAAAGUGCUCUUUGAGACCGACUUGACAGACAUCCUUGCGAACGAUGUGCUGCACGCAUUUAGAGGAGACACACGCCUUCAUUUUGUCAACAGUAACGAGAUAUUCGGCGUACCAGUCGCGCAUCUGGCUGUUCGUUACAAGCUGGCUCCAUCGAACGGUGCCGCGAGGGCCCUUGUGUCUUCGGGCGGUCUCUAUCUCAACGGUAUGGCCAUUGUCUCGGGCCAGGUCCUAAGCUCUCGAGACCUGAUCGACGGCAAUCUCGUCAUUCUGCGCGCAGGGAAGUCCAAACAUGCAAUUAUGUCUCUAGCUUGA